AUGUCUGGAAAGGAGCCCGUUCUCACCGCCAACGCGCCCAAGCCUCUGCCCGGCAUCUACAGCCAGGCCAUCAAGGCCAAUGGCAUGGUCUUUGUCUCUGGCGCCGUGCCCAUGGACCCCGUCACCAUGGAGCUGAUUCCCGGCGACAUCCAGGCUCACACCCACCAAUGCAUCAAGAACCUGUCUGCCAUCCUCGAGGCUGCCGGCACCAGCCUGGACAAGGUCGUCAAGGUCAACGUCUUUUUGGCCGACAUGGGCGACUUUGCCAAGAUGAACGAGGUCUACAGCACCUACUGGGGCGACGUCAAGCCAUGCCGAACCAUUUCAGGGAUGAGGAUUGGGACUGACGAGUUUGUUGCUUUCAACAGAUGCGUGGCUGUCAAGACCCUGCCGCUGAACACGGAUGUCGAGAUUGAGUGCACUGCUGUCUUGUAA